UAGGCUGCGCGAGUUUCGUUCGUAUUUGUGGUUGUGUUUUGAGGUUAGAGGUGUUUAAGAAACUGUGAAUAUUUUCGUUUUACUUAUGUAAUUACAUUGAUAAUAAUUAUGGAACUGUUAUCAAAAACUGUCUUCGCUAUAUGCGUGCUACAAUUACUAAUAAUUUCGUGUGAAAGUGCUAAAAUCAAUACACCGAGAGUGUUGUUACCAUGGUUCGAGGACAUACACGUUAAUUUUACGUUUGAAAUCAUCGAAGGGGGCUGUUAUACUUGGAGUUUGUCUCGCGAUGACAUCAUUGAUUUGGAGCCUCAGUACGAGGACAGUUGGGGACAUUGUUCGCGGGCGGCACGUGUGUCGGUGGCCAAGUCUUGCGUGCCACCCGGAACAGUCAUCAUCUUGGCCGAGGAAGUCAACUCUGGCGAGAUAUUACGAGGAGAUGUAGACAUUGACAAGAUCAGGUCAUUGAAAGUGAUGAGUACAACAUGGAAGCUAUACCUAGAGGAGGCCCCAGAGGCUUUCGAAGUAGUUGCUUAUGAUGAUCAGGGGAAUACAUUCUCCACUCUAGAAGGUGUCAGUUUUACCUGGAGUAUAGAGAACCUUGGUCAUAGCGCUGGUGAAGAUCUUCUUGUUACGUUAGUGCGGUGGCGCGACACAGACUACGAAGCACCGCGUGGAGUCGCUGAGCUAGAAGCAUUAGGAUUGCGGUCCCACUCGGUGCUACUCUACGGGCAAGCUAUGGGCGAGUGUCGUGUGACUGUCUGUUUGUCAGACACUAACAUCUGCACGGACUUCACGCUGAGCGUGGUGGCCAGUGUCGUGCUCACUCCGGCCAUCGCUACCAUCGCGCCACAUGACACGUUGCGGUAUAAAGUGGUGCGAGCACGCGCAGGAAGAUUGACCGUUCAAGACAUAUCCGAAACACUCUACUACAUGAAAGUACCGGACACGUCAAUAGCAGCUUUAGAAGACACCGUCAGUUUAGUCAGAGGCAACAAGAUCGGCUCAACGACAAUAGUCCUUAUGUCUGGAGUAACAGAGGUUGCCCAGGCGACGCUAUCAGUGGCCGAGCCGCAUUCAAUCAAGGUUACACUACGGCCGCCGAACCUCCUCAUUCGCGGGGAGCCAUUCAUUGCGCACUGUACAGUGUUGGACAAAACUGGUCAUGCAUUGACAGCAGGCAGUGAAAUGCUAAUACGGUUGACGGCGGAAGGCGAAGCUGAUGUGGAAUUGUUGAAGUCGACCGAGAAUGGGACGAUAACAGACGCUGUGGCGCGGUAUGCUGGAGCGUUGACGAUCACCGCGAGAUUGUACUCCAUUGCUGGAAGGACGUUGUCUCAUAAGGUUGAGGGACAAGUGUCGGCUAUCGCUGUGGAACCUCUAGCGAUCGUGCCGCCUGAACUAUUCGUCGCCUGGACUGAAACAGUACAAGAAGUAACACUCCAGCACCGAGGCGGGGGCGACGAGGCAGUAGUAUGGUCUGAGAGCGAGAAGGCACAUAGUCCUAUCUCUCUCACUCCCAAUGGCGUGGUCGCGGUGCGCGGCGUCGGGGAUCUCGGCGUACGAGUCAUGUUGAAGAAGUACCCGCAUGUCAGGGCAUAUGGCAAGGUGUGGUCCGCCCCCGCAGAGUACAUCCAGGUGUCGUCGUCGGGACAGGCUCGCGUGGGCCGCCCGCACCACCUGCACGUGGCCCUCACCGCCGCACACCCCGACACCGGAGAACUCUAUAACUUUCACACAUGUAAUUGCGGAUCUUUUACCGUGUCUUUGCUGGAAGGUCCGGAGCCUCACAAUGUAACCGCGGCGCCCUGGAUACAACCUGUUGAGGGCGCGUGCUGCGUGGUGCAGUGCUCGUGGGGCGCGCGCGGCGUGGCCACGCUGCGCGUGUGGCGCGGCCGCAUGGGCGACGCGGCGCGCGUGGCCGUGCGCGCCGCGCCCGCGCUGCUGUGGCCCGCCGGGGUGGCCGCGCUCGUCGGCGGCACGCUGCCGGUUUUAGCGGAAGGAGAGGCGCUAACUACCCAGUCUAACGAGCCGCGUAUAGCAGAGCUGUCGACCCGCGACGGACCGCCGCCGCACCGGUACCCCGAUGUACAACUGUUCACCAUCAAAUGCCGCAGGAAAGGAGAUACCCGUUUGGAGCUGGUAUCUCAGACGGAGGAUGAGAGGGAGACAGUUGACUUCGAAGCGGCGUGCGCGCCCCACGUCUCCAGAAUAAGGCUCGAACCCUCUGAGACACCUGGCAACUGCUCUGGAGGACCUAAGGUCUGGCUCCGUCCGGGACAGGAAGUGAGCGUGAAAGUUACUCUACUAGACGCGAUAGGCAGGGAGUUGUUGGACGAACGCGGGCCCAAGGUGACGUGGGAUGUGGAGCCGCAUCACCUCGGCAUAGAGUUCAGAUCCCCGGACAGACUGAUGGUGGAGACACAUCCCGAGUACGCGCCCGUACCCGUGCCUUACAAGUACUAUCAGUUGGUGGUAACGGACGAACAAGCUGUCGGUUGGAGUGGGGUGUUGAAGGCGAGCAUCCCUGAAGCCACAGCCAGUAUUCAAGCCAAAGUAGUAGCCCCUCUCAAAGUGGAUCCUCUGAAGGUGAACGUAGCAUGGGAAGGCGAGAGCGUGGCCAAUAUAGCGGUUGUGACGGGCGGCAGCGGGCGGUACAGCGUGGAGACCCCGGCCGGAGUGAGCGGCUCGGUUGCUGACGGAGCCCUGGCCGUCGUGGUGCCUGGCCCCGGCAGCUACGACCUCGUCGUCCAAGACACUUGUGUCAAGGAGCGCCAGAUUGUCGAGGUCCACAUAGAAGAAGUUCUAAGCGUGGAAAUAUCAGCUGCGCGCGCUGUUUGCGUAGGCGGCUGCGUACCCAUCACGGCUGUGGUUAAAGGCGUGUCACAUCGUUACCUCAGCACGACCCGAGCGCCGGAGUGGCGGGUGACGGGCAACGUGGAAAUUAAAGAUGGAUUGGUGUGUGGACUUCAAGAGGGAUCGGGGAGAGUACGGGCUGCUCUUGGCGGUGUGUGGAGCCCUGAAGUUGAGAUCCUAGUGUUCCCACCACUACAAAUCAUCCCGGGCAAGGCACGACUGCCGCCCGGGGCGAGGUUACAACUGCGUCAUCAAGGAGGCCCACCGCCGCACCUCGCGUCUUUGCACUACAAGGCUGUCUCUGGAGUCAACAAUGUCGAGGUUUCGUCGUCUGGAUCUUUGCAUGGUCUCUCACUUGGCAUGGCGCGUAUCAAGCUUGUGGCUACUGACAUCAACGCCGUCGAGAUGGCUAGUGCCGAAUCCGAAGUCGAGGUGAUCCCAAUAUCAGGGCUUCGCGUCCGCGCCGCGACACAGACUCUUCUAGUGGGCUCCCCCAGCCCGUUGUGGGUAGAAGCCGGCGGAUUGACGGCGUCAUCUCUCGCGGCGCUUCACCCCCUGCCACGCGUCACCUUCAGCGUGAGGGACCCUGCCACCGCCAGGCUCUAUACUACGCAUGCUGAUGAUUUAUUAGAGCGUUCGGUCGCUGAAGGACUGUCAGUUCGAGUGGUACCUCUAAAGCCGGGUCUUAUCACCAUCGACGUUAGAGUGCGUAAUAUGGGACAGGUAGCAGAAACUCGAUCCUGGGACAGCACAAUAGAAAUCCUCGCGAUAUCGGACAUCAGGUCUUCUAUCGAGGGUUUACCCAGGGAACUAUCCGCCGGGGACCGUUUAGCUAUCGUGCCGGGCGCGGCUGUACGAUUGAAGAGUAUGCCUAGGAGCAAUUGGCAAGCGAUCACUGACGGAGCGUUUGAGUUGACUAGUAAAGGCGAGGUGAAGGCGAUCACGCCAGGACACGGCGUCGUCAUAGCAACGCACAACGAUGAGAGGAACAACCUUUAUAGACAAUCGAUUAUCCAUGUAGAAGUAUCUGUGCCGCACUAUUGCACGGCCGAGCCAGCUGGCGACGAAGAUGAGACAGCUGUGAGGUUGGUGCUACGCAACAAUCUGGGUCGCGAGCUUCUGGGUCCAGACGCCAACGUGUCUCUUGUGUCGCCCUUGGCGGCACAUGCGCGACGAUCUGUACACAGUGCAUUCGGCAACGAGCUUCUGGUAGCGGGCCUGGACUCUGCAGGAGCUUUCAUGACGUUCCAGAGCACCGCCGGCGGGGUCACAGUCCGGGAUGAGGUGUGGGUCACAGGCACCGACCCGCGCGCGGAUAGGAUUGUUGCGACGGGUGGCUGGGCCGUGUGCCUGGAGGGCGUGGGGUGGCGCGCCCCCCCGGGCGUGUCCCUGUGGGCGGGCAGCGGCGUGACGCUGGCCGUGCUGGCCCGCGACGCGCCCGCCCGCCACGUGCUGCGGCUCGACCGCGCGCCCGCCACCUACACGCUGCACCAGAUACCCGUCACCAAGAUGGAAUUCCUACCUGGUGAAUGGCCGUCGGCGCUAGUCCCACUGUCAAUAGAAGCGGCCGGCCUCACUUCGGGGCCUCUACUCUGCUCGGAAGAUCAGAAGUACGCACUAGACGGAGUACAGCCAGAACUGCCGAUCACUUGCCGCACUAAGGCCCCGCAUACCGCCGAACCUGUUCUGGACAUUGUCAAUGGUCAACUGGGCUGCAGAAUCGUGCCAGCCGGACCGGUCACAGAAUCGUCAGAAGUAGAACUUUGCGCCGAAUGGGAGGUCUACCGUACAUGCACGCGCGUUCUCCUCCUCCCCCCUAUCCGAGUUUCCACCACAUCACUCUCUCUCCUCGACCCAUCCCCAAUAUUCACUAUCACCGGCCAUCCCUUAGCCCUGAAAGGUGUGAAGUUAGCCAUAUCCCCUGGUAUCAAAAUCGAGAAACACGUGAAAGAGAGUGAAAUCAGUGUCCUUGUCAAGAGUGAAGUUGUCGCGUGUGGUGUAGGCUGGGUGAACGUGAAAUCGAAGCUUACGGCACAGGAGAUACGGGUAGAAAUCGACCGCGCGUGUGAUAUGACUUGCGGGACGCUGCUAGGAGCUAUCUUCUCACUGAUCAAGCCAUACUUGUCGACGUUAUUCACCAUUAUUGCUGUUGCUGCUGGGUUGUUGUUCAUACAAACGAAAAUGCAGCAACGGACGAACACAGCGCUCCGCAAAGAAUCCCCUCAAUCAGUGCUACCCCCGGAAUCGACCCCGCCGCUCAACCGCUCGAGGACUUGGGCCCGCAGCCCAUACGCGUCCAACGGCCCGGUCACCCCUGUAUACGGGGAUACCAGUGUCCUACCUGACAGCAGCUUCUCACCUAACACUACGCGCAUGCAUUCAAGGUUUCUAUAGCAGUAGCACUAGUAAGAUCGUUUUAAGUAAGUAGUAUGUUUUUUUGUUCAUGUAGGUUAAAUUUCAUGUAAGGUAUAAAGGAGUUAGCGCGCAGUUAUGUAGUGUUUGUUAUGAAUACGAGUAUGCAUUUUUUUCUUUUUUUUUUUUCUUCGUGUAUCGCGCGAGACGCGACGCCGGCUCCAUGCUGCAGUUAAUUAUCUGAUAGAUCGCCGCAAUAGAGUUGAUAAUAAUUGUUUUUAUUUCGUUCUAAAUUCAAUUUUGGUAGUUACUCUUGUGUCAUUGGAGGGUGUGGCGUUCCACGCCCUUGUCAAAGCAGUUACAGUCGAGGGUCACAUUUUGGCGACGAGGAUGUACUGCCGCCAAAGGAUGGUUUUCGGGGACCGAACUGAGCAUAUUAGCUAGCCACAAGUUGGUAGUGUGACUAGGGAUCGACAGUCCGAUCUCUUUUGUUAUUUUUAUUUCUUCAAUGUUGUUAAAGACAUUUCAUAUGUGAGAAUAGCUGGACUAAAACUAAUUACAUAACGGCGCCGCAUAAACGUAUUAAUUAUUGUACUGAUAGGAUCGAAUUUUCAACGCCAACUUUUCUAAAAACUUGUCAUUGAAUUGUGAUAUAAUUAAGUAACUCGUAGGGUUUGAAAAGUUUGAGAAUUCGAUUCUUGUGUCUUCAUUUAGUGUUAUGUUAGAGAAUAAAUAGUGAUUUAGUUAGACAUUUACAUCGAAAGAUAGGCAACGCUAACUCACUUGAACGAACAAUUAGUUGCCUAUCUUUCGACAAUGAUAAUCAUUCACAAAUUAAGUGACAUUUCUAAAAGUUCAUUGUUGAUUGUGUAAUAUGGUUGAAAACCAUUAAUAAAAUAAGAUAUCUAUA